UUUCAGCCCGGCUCUGAGCUGCGUGGUAUUUCACCAUGUAAGGCUGCACAGCACAGCAGAGCCGCUGCUCUGACUGAAAAAAGAGAAGAAAAGAAGAGAAAAGAAAAGAGAAGGAAAGAAAAAAAAACAGAGAAGGGAAAACUAUUUUCCUCCUGUGUUUCCAGCCUUGCGGAGCGCUGCAUAUCUGACAUUACUGUCUCCAGCUCCAACCAGCUCCGCUCUCAUCUCCGCAAGAUAACAGUCGACGCAAAGAGCGGACAAGAGAUUUUACCGCUUCCAGCUUCACCAGCCCGACUGAACCGCCCCAAAUCCCCGACCCCCACUGACCCGCCGCCCUCAUGGAGCGCGUCCAGCACAUGACCAAGUCGGCCAUCCGUCGAGCAUCUCAGAUCGAGGUGAACCCCCAGGCCAAGAGGAACCUGCAGGAGCUGUUUGUCAACUUCACACUCAUCCUCAUCUGCCUGCUGCUCAUCUACAUCAUCGUCCUGCUGAGCAGCUGAGAGCAGAAAGGGACACAUGCAGAGCCUAGCAGAGCUCAACCGCUGAGAAAAAAAAGGGGCAAUUUUGGAGAAAUAUCAGAUUUUUUUUAAAAAAAUAUGUAAUUAUAUCUCUGUUUCUCUUAUUCGUUUCAUCAUCUUUGAUCCUGUUUGUGUGUAUGCACUGCAUCUUCUGACCGCACUGUGUAUAAACGACAUUAAACACGAUGCACAUAAAGUGGGAAACAUU